UAAAAUCAAUCUGGCUGAAAAUUGACAGAUGACCGUUGCAGUGAAAUUCCGUGUUGAUGUCAGUUGAUGUUUAGUGGUUGUGUUUUAAGUUUUGGAGAAUAAUAAAUUAUUUAUUUGUUUGUUGAAUGAACAUUAUCUGAGCUGCAGAGAACUACACGCAGUAAGAGAUGGAGGAUGAUGAAUUUAAGAAAUUACCGAUUGAGGAGAGGUGUGUGCACAAGUUAUGGAAAGCCAGGGUGAAUGGAUAUGAAGAAGUAACAAAGCUAUUCAGACAAAUUGAUGAUGAGAAGUCACCAGAAUUUGCAAAAUAUUUAGGCUUAGUGAAAAAGUUUGUAACUGACAGCAAUGCAAUGGGUCAGGAAAAGGGCCUGGAGGCAACUCUGGCCUUUGUGGAGAAUUAUGUACAUGCUGGGAAGACAGUAGGAGAGGUGAUGUCUGGCAUUGUUGCAAAGUGCAUUGCAGCACCAAAAACCAAAACUCGGGAACUUGCACUGCAAGUAACCUUAAUGUACAUUGAGAUUGAGAAGCAAGAUAAUGUGGUGGAAGAACUUAUCAAGGGAAUGGAACUGAAGAAUCCUAAAAUUGUGGCAGCCUGUUUGAAUGCAGCCACCACAGGGUUAAGGGAGUUUGGUUCCAAGGUGAUAGGAGUUAAGCCAUUGGUGAAGAAAAUACCUGUACUCUUUGCUGACAGGGAUAAAAAUGUCAGAGAUGAAGCCAGAUUUAUGGUUGUGGAGAUGUACAGGUGGAUUGGAGGCGCUUUUAGAUCUCAAUUAACAAAUCUACAGCCAGUGCAAGUGGCAGAAUUAGAGGCUGAAUUUAGUAAGGUGGAAGGCCAAAAAGCUGUUCCAACCAGAUAUAUCAAAUCUCAACAAGAAAAACAAGCUAAAUUGGCUGUACAAGCACAGGAAUGCGAUGACGUUGCUGAGGAUGUAGAAGAUGAAGAGGACCAGGUUGUGAUUGAUCCUUAUGAGAUAGCGGAUCCAGUAGAUAUAUUGUCUAAACUUCCCAAAGACUUUUAUGAUAAAUUGGAAGCUAAGAAAUGGCAGGAGAGAAAAGAGGCUUUAGAGGCGUUAGAUAACUUAUUAAAGGCACCGAAACUGGAAAGUGGAGAUUACGGUGAUAUGAUUAGGGCCGUUAAGAAGAUCAUACAAAAAGAUAGCAAUGUUAUUGUUGUGGCGCUGGCUGCCAGAUGCAUGGCUAACAUUGCCAGCGGAUUAAAGAAGCGCUUCCAAUCAUAUGCUUCCGCCUGUAUCCCCGCUUUACUAGAGAAGUUCAAGGAAAAGAAACAAAAUGUUGUUACUUCCGUGCGUGAUGCUGCAGAUGCAGUAUAUUUAUCGACGACUCUUGAAAACGUGUUAGAAGAUGUAAUUGAGGCUCUAACGAAUAAAAAUCCAUCCGUGAAAUCAGAAACGGCUCUGUUCUUGGCAAGAUCUUUAUCUAAAACUCUUCCUGCCGUUCUGAACAAAAAGUUAUUGAAGGCAAUUACUACGGCGUUAAUUAAGUUAAUUAACGAGCCAGAUCCUGGUGUCAGAGAUUCAUCGGCAGAAGCAUUAGGUACUCUGAUGAAGUUGGUUGGUGAAAAAGCAGUCGGACCGUUUUUGAUCGAGCUCGAAAAGGAUGCACUUAAGAUGUCGAAAAUUAAGGAGUGCGCUGAGAAAGCUGUAAUUGUAGUUAAGGUACCUGGUGCUAAAAAAGAACGACCAGUGACAGCACCACCAAAAGCUGCACCGAAAGCAGAACCACCAAAAGCAUCUUCGGCGCCUGCCAAAUCCAAGCGGCCUGCUACUGCUGCUAAAAAGAAACCCUCUGGAGAAAUUUCAUCUGGUACUGCAACAAUCGUAAAGUCGAAGGGUGGAAAGGCCAGCAACAGAGCUCCUUCAAAACCAGUAGAACGAGAAAUGUCUGAUGAAGAAGUAGCAGAAAUCGUAGCUGACAUUUUAAGUGCAGAAAUAACAUCGGGCUUAACAGAUGCUAAUUGGAAGAACAGACUGAACGCCGUCGAACAAUUCUUGAGCCAAAUACAAACACUUGAAUCUUCAAACAUGCCAACGCAAGCAUUGGUUAAAACGAUCAGUAAGAAACCUGGCCUUAAAGAUACCAAUUUCCAAGUGUUGAAGUUACGUUUGGAUGUUGUUAAAUAUCUCGCCGAAAAUGGAAACUUCUCAAUCACAACGGCUGGUUUUUGUACCAACGAAAUCACCGAAAAAUUGGGAGAUGCUAAGAAUGGAACGUCAGCCGGAGAUGCUCUUACAGCUAUUGCUGAAGCAACGAGUUUAUCGCAUGUUUCAAGUUUAGUCAUGGAUUUUGCAUUUACUCAAAAAAGUCCCAAAGUUCUUCAAGAGGCUAUUGGUUGGAUGGGAAACGCAAUCAAGGAGUUUGGAUUUACUAAUUUGAAUGCCAAAUAUUUAAUUGAAAAUGCUAAAAAGGCGCUCGCUUCUAAUAAUGCAAGCGUGCGUUCUUCGGCAAUUACGUUCUUUGGUGUUCUCUAUUUAUACAUGGGUCCAAAUUUGCACAUGUUCUUGGAGAACGAAAAGCCUGCUCUUCGUGAGCAAAUAAACCAAGAAUUCGAUAAACACGAAAAUGAAAAACCCCCGGCGCCGACAAGAGGCAUUGUAAAAUCAGCUAGUUCGAACUCGUUGGACGCCGAAGAAGAUGAGGAAGCUGGAGGCGAUGCUCCUGUUGUUAAUUUGCAAGAUUUAUUGCCCCGUGUUGAUAUCAGUUCGCAAAUUUCUGAGGCUUUGAUCAAUGAAAUGGCCGACAAGAAUUGGAAGGUGCGAAACGAAGCUCUCGUUAAAGUCUCGAACAUAUUAACUGAAGCAAAACUAAUAAAACCGAAUAUUGGCGAUCUUCCGCAAGCGCUCGCUUUGAGAUUGGUCGACAGUAACAGCAAAAUUGCCCAAAUAGCAUUGACCAUUUGCGAAAACAUUGCAACAUCGAUGGGGCCCCCUUGUAAACAACACAUAAGAACAUUGUUUCCAGGAUUUUUGCAAGGCUUAGGAGAUGGAAAAGCUUGGAUUAGAUCCUCUUCCGUUAAUUGUAUGAACGCAUUUGGUGAUCAGUGCGGCUACAAAGACUUCUUCGAAGGUGAAAUGGUGGGCGAUGCUCUAAAAGGCGGUUCGCCGACCUUACGUUGCGAGUUGUGGGCAUGGCUCGCAGAAAAGCUACCGAAAAUCAAAUCUGUACCCAAGGAAGAGAUGGUCAUUUGCAUUCCAUAUUUAUUUUCAAAUAUGGAGGAUAGAAAUGCAGACGUCAGGAAGAACGCAAAUGAAGCUGUUUUAGGUAUAAUGAUCCAUGUAGGUUACGAGUCAAUGGCAAAGCAACUGGAGAAAUUAAAACCUGGUUCAAAAACGGUCAUUAUGGCAGCGUUGGAGAAGGCCAGACCGAAUUUACCAGCUAAACCAGUGGCUAAAAAGAAGGAAGUUAUAUCUGAAGAAAAAGCAGUACGUGGAACUCGUCCAGUCUCGACUAAUAAGAAUGCCGUAAAACCUAGGGCAUCUACUAUACAAAAGGCUCCGGCUCGUAAGAAGGAAGAGGAUGUUGACAUGUCUCCACUAUUAGCUGUUAACAAUUUUAAGCAUCAACGAACAAUCGAUGAGGCUAAAUUGAAAGUACUGAAAUGGAAUUUCACUACACCCAGAGAAGAGUUUGUAGAUUUACUUAAAGAUCAGAUGACUACAGCAAAUGUGAACAAAACUCUCCUCACUAAUAUGUUCCACUCAGACUUCAAAUUCCACAUCAAAGCCAUUGAAUCGUUGGUUGAGGAUCUCCACGAGAAUAGCCAGGCGCUUAUAUCUAACUUGGAUCUGAUUCUCAAAUGGCUCACGCUGCGGUUUUUCGACACGAACCCUUCAGUUUUGCUGAAAGGUUUGGAGUACUUGCACACCGUGUUUAACAUGCUCAUUGAAAAUCAAUAUCAGCUACUGGAUAAUGAAGCCAGCUCGUUUAUUCCGUACCUUAUAUUGAAGAUUGGUGAUCCUAAAGAUGCGGUAAGAAAUGGUGUGAAAUCUCUAAUAUUGAAACAGAUUGGCGUCGUGUAUUCGAUGAGCAAAAUCUUUUCCUAUCUGAUGGACGGUGUAAAGUCGAAGAAUGCCAGACAGCGAGCGGAAUGUCUGGACACGAUGGCAGCUAUUAUUCCAGAUUACGGAAUAAGCGUAUGCCUUCCGUCGCCUGCAGCUUGUCUCAAGGAAAUUGCAAAACAAAUUUCCGAUAGGGAUAAUUCUGUGAGAAACGCCGCUCUCAAUUUCGCCGUCCAAGCUUAUUACAUUGUCGGCGAUAAAGUUUACAAAAUGGUUGGAAAUAUCUCAGACAAAGAUAUGUCAUUGCUCGAGGAAAGGAUCAAAAGAGCCAGCAAAAAACCGCCUCCAGUUAAAGCUAAACUUGACACUACUCACCCAAUCAGCAUUACUAAUAUGUCACCAGUGAAAGAACAUAACUCUCCAGCUAAAAGCAAUAGCAGCAACGCAGAACAAGAUAUGGGCAAUGGAGAAGAAGAUAUUGAAGAAGAGGAUGAAGAAGAAUUGCCUGGAAUUAAUUUACCAACGCAAGUGGUCCAACCUGAACCCGUAGAACUUCCAGGACCUUAUCGUUUAGAUCCGGACCACAUUAAGGAAUUGGAUUCAUUGUCUUAUAAAUUACCGGAGCUUAAAUUACAGAAAUUCGACCUGGGCUUCCUUAACGAACCAAUUAAGAUGCCCACUAUCGAAGACGCUAGAGCAAAAGUAAUGCCUUUGUCUCCUCCCAAACCAAUUUUACCAUCAGAUACUUUCAUCUCGAGUACAUCAAAAACCGGCGAUGAAUUACUUUUAGAAAAAGCCAUAUCACAAGUAACUGCUGCUGACUAUACUAUUGUUAACAAGUCUCUCGAGCAAAUUCAAGAAAUUUUACAAUCGUCUAAGAGCACGAUUAUGCUCGAAUAUGAGGAUAAAUUUAUGAAUGCCAUUGUUGUACAAUUAAAGAGGCUAGCUGCAUUAGAUCCGCGCGCUCAUCCGCACGUGUUGAAGAUGUAUAGAUGCAUUUUAACCGUAAUCGAUUCCUUUUAUGUUAACAAAUCUUUGGGGCUUAAAGUUAACAUACCGGUAUUCAAAGAAGUAUUGAAUCAAUUUAUCAUUGUGUUGGUUGAUGGUAAGUUGGAGGAAUGUCCUAAUGGAGAUGCCUAUAUAAGAGUUGUCAAUUUGAAUUGUGUCAAGAUUAUUGAGAGAUCUGAUCAUACAACAGUCCUUUGUGGUCUUGUUCAACUUUUAUAUGGAUGCAUUAAGAACAGUAGUUCCCCGAGAUUGACUGAAUUAGUAAUGAAAUGCUUGUGGAGAGUUAUCAAGUUGCUACCGAACUGGGCCGCGGAAAUAGACUAUGACAGUGUUCUAUUAGAGGUGCAUUUAUUCCUCAAAGACUUUCCAACAGCUUGGUGGAAGACCAAGGCCGUGGACACUCCAUUGCGUACAGUGAAAACUGUUAUUCACUCGAUGGCAAAGAUUAAAGGUGCCAGCAUUAUGAUCCAUCUGACUAAAGUACCGAAUACUAAUGACUCCGAAAUGGAAACGUACAUGCUGAAACUACUUAAAUCGUUGAAAAUCGAAGAAGUAAAAGCUGUACCAUUAAAGACUGAUUCCGGUCGGAGGUCGUUAUCGCGCUCCACCCACACCCAAUUAACCGAAAUUUUCCAGAAAAUCGGAAGCAAAGAAGAGACUACCGAAGGGUUAGUCCAGCUGUACGAUUUCCAGCAGCAAAAUCCAGAAGCGGACAUAGAACCAUUCUUAAAAAAAUCCAGCCAAUUUUUCCAAGAGUACAUUCAGAAAAACUUGAAGGAGAUCGAGACUUCUCGCAAACGCAUGACGGAUUCUAAGAUCAAACCAAGUGUGAAGAUUAACAAUGACCAGCAGAGCGAAGGAUCAGAGCAGGAUGCUGAUUAUUACCGUGGGAGGCUAAGUUAUUGGAUGAAAGUCUGGGACGAAAAACUGGGAUAAGUCGAUUUAUUUUAAACUUUUAAUGAUGUAUACUUAUGUUAUUUUCAUUAAUUAUUUAGGAAAUAAUUCAGGGUAAAUAUAAAGAGACCCCCUUAUAAAAUUUGUUCCAUUUUUGUCUGUCUGUCUGUACAUAUAAUGGCUGAAAAAUGAAAAGAAAACACAAAAAAAAACAAGAUAUUUUUCUUUAUGUUACGUUUGGAAACUGUUGUUACUUUCUUGUGAUACACUCUGAUUUUAUUAUCAAUUUCUUAAAUAUUAUUACUUAACUGGUUUUUUAAGUUGAAAAUUACUCGCUAUGUAAGCUAAUUAUUUAUUUUAGUG